AUGUCCGCACCCUCUCUCGCGGGCAACAGCUCCGCCUACGUCUGCGAUACUCUUCCGCCUCCCCGUCUCGCCGGCGACAAGUCUUGCUCUCGCUCUCCCAGUCCCUCUCCUGUGUCCCCGUCCGCCAUUACCACCUUCGACCCACCAAUCAUCGCGUCGUCACAGGAGCCACCGGCACUGUCACCUAUGGAGUCUUCGACCGUGAAGGACGAGGACGCGAAGCAGGCCGAUAGUGGUGCGGCCCCUACUCAGCCUCCCGCGCGCAAGCUAUGCGUUCGCCAUCAGCGGAUGGCGGACGAGGGCACCAACUUGAAACUCCAGCAGGCACUUGAUGCACUCCCCGUCGCAGAGCGCGAGGCCGUCUCCGUCAUCUGGUCCAACUUCUCAUCAUCCCCACAUCCCCGCCGCGCCCUUAUCCUCCAUGGUCUCCUCACCAUGUGCUGUUUCUCCCAGCUGUCCCUUCUCACCGAGCAGCUCGCCCACCUGAUCCGCAUCGACCCGUUCGCCAUCCUCCCGCGCGAAGUCUCGCUCAAGAUCCUCGGCUAUCUUGAUGCUACCUCGCUCUGCCGGGCCGCUCAGGUGAGCCGCCAGUGGAGGGGUCUGGCCGACGACGAUAUCCUUUGGAGGGGGAUCUGCGAGCAGCAUAUUGGACAGAAGUGCUUGAAGUGCGGAUGGGGGCUCCCUAUCUUGGAGAAGCGAAGGGCGGUACGACUCCCGACGGCUUCCCCGUGUCCAGAGCCUGUUGCGGUCCCUCAGUCCUCUUCGCAGGGGCCUUCUUCGCAGGGGUCGUCUUCGCAAGCAUCGUCCGCGUCCUCCCAUUCCCACCUAAAGCGACGGCUCGACGCGCACGCAGCAGGGGCCUCUACUACCAAAAAGGCCAGACUGGAAACUCCUGAGCACGGCUCGCGACCCGCGACCCCCUCUUCGUCGCAGAAUACGACUCUUUCUAUCUCCUCCACCGAAGACCCCGUUGCUUCGGGUUCCACGAGCCCGAAUCCGCUUCUCGCGCCAUCCUCCAGGGCUCCGGCGGUCGACUUCCGCACCCGGCCAUGGAAAGACGUCUAUUGCGAACGCCUUACCAUCGAGCGCAACUGGCGGCGCGGGCGUUGUACCGUGCGUACGCUCAAAGGACACACCGAUGGAGUGAUGUGUUUGCAGUUCAGCGAAACGCUUUCCCAUCCGUCCUUCCCCAUCCUCAUCACCGGCUCGUACGACCGCACCGCCCGCGUCUGGAACCUGGAGACAGGCACCGAAGUGCAGUGUCUGUCAGGGCACACUCGCGCGAUCCGGGCGCUGCAGUUCGACGAGGCGAAGCUGAUCACUGGCAGUAUGGAUCAUACGAUGCGGGUGUGGAAUUGGCGGACGGGGCAGUGUCUGAAGGUCUUGGAAGGACACACGGAAGGCGUGGUGUGUCUCCGGUACGACUCCAACGUCCUGGCGAGCGGGUCCGUCGACACUACCGUGAAGGUGUGGAACUUCCGGACGGGCGAGUGCUUCACGCUCCGUGGGCAUUGCGACUGGGUCAACGCUGUCCAACUCUGGGAUUCGACCGGCACCUCCUCGUCGUGCGACACUUCGUUAACUGCGUUUGAGAAUACCCCCACCUCUUACGCCGGCUCGGCUCCCCACAUCGACCCGGGCAAGAUGCUCUUCUCGGCUUCGGACGACGGCACUAUCCGCCUCUGGGACCUGUGCGCACGUGCGUGCGUGCGCCAGUUCAAGGGCCACGUCGGCCAAGUGCAGAGCCUGAAGCUUCUCAUGGUCGACGAGGGCUGCGAGUCCUCGGCCGGGUCCGAAGGAAGCUCGGACCGCGAGGCGUCGGUCGAGCCCCAAGAGUCCUGUUCCUCCAGCCCCUCGGCUUCCUCGUCCCCUCUCCCCUCUUCUCCCGUUCCCACCUCCUCUUCUACUAGGCCCGUCCCCGCACUUUCCCGGCAGAACACCCGGGAGCGAUCGUCGCGGCAGAAGCCCGUCCUUAUCUCAGGCAGCCUCGAUAAUACGAUAAAGAUCUGGGAUAUUGACACCGGCAAGGUCCAGCGUACGCUCUUCGGGCACAUCGAGGGCGUAUGGGCUGUCGCGAGCGAUAAGCUCCGGCUGGUGAGCGGCAGCCACGAUCGUACGAUCAAGGUCUGGAACCGAGAAGAGGGUGCGUGCACGGCGACGCUUGUCGGUCACCGGGGCGCCGUUACGUGUCUCGCUCUCGGCGAAGAUAAGAUAGUCUCGGGCAGCGACGACGGCGACAUACGGCUCUGGAGCUUCGGCGGGUAGAGGUCAGCAUUUCGCCAUGUACAUUUUGCGCAGCGUAUAGAGCUAGCUGCUUGAGGUCUGUACAAGUACAUUAUUCUUGCUAUUGUAUGGUAUACUGUCAUCACGUAUUGAGGAGGUCGUCAUUGGAUCACGGAUUCUUGCCAUACAUAUCGGCGUCAUGUGUCUGUUCACAUAUCAUAGGUGGUCUAGUGUCAAAAAUAACCUUGCAACGC